GUGCUCAUGCAGAUCACUGUUGAUAGAUAAGGUCAGGUUAUAAAUAUGCUUGAUUCAGGUGGCUUUUGUGUGUGGCACAAAAAAAAAUCUGCGAAGGCAUGAUGAGGUGUCUGAUUUUCGGUCUGCUAUGUCUUGUUCUUACUGAGGGACUUGUCAGAGUUCCUCUUGUUAAAAAAGAGACCAUAAUGAAGGAAAGGGGUCUCCGCAAGGAAAUGCUGAAGUACUCACAGUACACCUCUGAUGAUGGUUACAACGAGAAGCUAACCAACCAAAAUGACAUGGCUUAUUUUGGAAAGGUUGGUAUUGGAAGCCCUCCACAGUACUUCUACCUACACUUUGACACCGGCUCCAGCAGUCUGUGGGUCAACUCCAUCUACUGCAAAAGUUCUGCCUGCAAAAGUCAUCCUCUCUUUGACCCGAGAAAGUCUUCCACCUUCACCAGCCAUCAUAAAACAUUUUCAGAGAAGUAUGGAACAGGCAGUGUAAAAGGUUUCCUUGGCUACGACACAGUCAGAAUGGGUCAGCUUGCUGUCAAAAAACAGCAGAUCGGAUUAAGCACUUCAGAGCCUGGUGAUCAUUUUGCAAAGCCUCUGCAUGAUGGACUCAUGGGUCUGGCCUUUAUGUCAUCUAGUCAGCACACUAUUGUGGACACCAUGAUCGAAGAAGGUGUGAUUGAGGAGCCGAUCUUUGCUUUUUACUUAAGCAGGGACUCUGAGAGUGGAAGUGAGGUUGUGUUUGGUGGAGUUGAUCCAUCUCAUUACCAAGGUCAGAUCAACUGGGUUCCUGUACAACAGAACAGCCACUGGCAGCUGGUCUUUGAAGGUUUUGAGGUGAAUCACAAGUCAACUGGAUGGUGUGAAAAUGGAUGCACUGCUAUUACAGACACAGGAACGUCAAUGCUGCAGUGCCCACCACAAUAUUUACACUCUCUUCAUCAAAUGCUGGGAGCCAAACAGGACAGCAACGGCAAUUAUGUGUUCCACUGUGAUGCCGUGAGCAACCUUCCGACAUUGACAUUCGUUAUGAACGGAGCUCAUUUGCAUUUGCCGGGUACUGCUUAUGUGCUUCAGGAAAAAAAUUCUCAGUCCCACUGCCAGAGUGGCAUAGGGGCAACACAUGAUAAGUACAGGAACGGACAUCCUUACUGGAUCCUGGGUGAUGUCUUCCUCAGGCAGUUCUACUCUGUGUUUGACCAGGGGAAUGCUAGAGUGGGAUUUGCAACCUUAGCAUAGAGUUAUCCCCUCUGAAUCAUCAUGAAGUCAUGAUUUUAUUAUUCAUGAGUUUAAAAAGAAUAAAUGCAUCGUUAAAUGUCUAA